CAGUGCAGCUAUAAAGAACAGACCAACUAUUUCCAUGCGCGUCUCACGCGAUCUCACGUGGACGAGUAAGUUUAACAAGUUGGACAAAUUUUUUUCUUGAUUUCGAGCAACAUUUUGACCGCUUAUAUAAAUUUUCGCGUUUGCGAUGGAGGACACUCAAUGCCCAUCCGAUUUUGUGUGUUCUACUUUGUGGGUGAAGAGAGGCGUCGCCACAGCCAAUCCCCAGGAGGUUUUAUUAAAACCUGCCGAUUUCACGAAAAUUAUAAAGAAAGCCCAGACCGAUACAGACACAGAUGAUGACUCGGAUAAAGAGACGAACUCAUCCAAAGAGCAACUUAAUACUGCACAAGAAUAUUCUUUAGCUGCCGGUGAUGAGUACAACUUUAACAAUUAUGACAACGAAGUAAAUAGCAUGCAUUGUCAUAUUGCUAACAUAGCAAGCUUUGAUAUAGAUGGCAAGGAUCCUCUUGUUACAAAUGAUGAUGAUGAUGAUUCAGAUAAAGAAGACGAUAUCAUCAAGAGUGAUGAUAAUCUGUUUUUAAUUGCACAAAACAGUAAAGAUGUAGCUACCUUAGAAGUACAUGUAUAUAAUGAAGCAGAAGGAUCAUUUUAUUGCCACCAUGAUUUACCAAUAUCUUCCUAUCCACUCUGUUUGGAAUGGCUGAAUUUUGAUCCUGAGGAUCAAAAGCCAGGUAACUUGUGUGCAAUUGGUAGCAUGACUCCUAUAAUUGAAGUAUGGGACUUGGACUUGCUGAACAGUGUGGAGCCAGCCUUUAAACUUGGUUGUGAACCAAAUAAGAAAAAGGGGCAGAAGCAUGUUGGACACAAAGAUGGAGUUUUAGAUUUGGCGUGGAAUCAGAAUUACACACACAUUCUUGCUAGUGGAUCAGCCGAUAAAACAAUAUUAUUGUGGGAUUUAGAAAAUUAUACACCUGUGACCACAAUUGAUCCAUUUAGAAAAGAGGUGUCUUCAUUGAAAUGGCAUCCACAAGAAGCUAACAGACUGUUAACAGGAUGCUUGGACAAAAUCGUGCGAUUAUUAGACUGCAAAGAAUACAAAGUCGUGGAAAAGUGGAAUGUACCGACAGCAGUGGAAAAAGUGCUGUGGAAUCAGUAUGAUACAAAUUACUGUAUUGCCAGUUUAGCCCAGGGUUACAUUACGUACUUUGACGUAAGAGUAAACAAGGCAGUUUGGAUAACCAAGGCCCACAAUGAAGAUGUCUCGGGUCUUGCUCUCAGCUCGUCGUGUCCCGGCCUGUUGGUAACUUCCUCGGACGACGGUUUAAUGAAGGUGUGGGAUAUCAUCAACCACGAUCCUACACUUGUGUGGCAGAAGGAAGUCCCGAGCUAUACCGUUUGCACUGAGGCAAAUCCGGAUAACGGAUUGAUAUUUAGUAUUUGUAGGACGAAAAAACCGUCAGGCACAUCGACUGAAAUAUUGGACUUUUCGACGAUACCAGAGGUCUCUAAACCUUGCCCAUUCAAGAGAUACAGCAAAUCUUCUGUAGCAACGUUACCUGAGGCACCAGCAGCAUAUGGACAUCCACCUAAUCCAGCUACCGAAGAAUCAAAGACUCUUAUACCUUUCUCAAGACCCAUUGUUGCCUUCAUAGGGACAACCAGCGAUGCAAGAUACAUAGCCUCUAAUCCUUAUGUCAUGCUUCUUUGCUUCCUCUAUGACAACCGUGGCAUUCUUCCAGUGGUCGACAACCUGUUGAUGAAGUCAAUCUUCACCUCAGUGGGCAGUAUGUUUUUCUCGUUCUGCAAACCGUCACGUGGUCCAACCUCGACCACUUUUACGAAAUCAUUGCGCUCCGUUGAGUACUUCCUGACGCAGCUGCAAACUCUCGACGUCGGUUUGUCCGUUCGGCUACGGUAUUUGCGCGAGUGCGAGACAACAGGGAUGGACGAAAAAGAGGAAGACGCGACGGAGGAUGUCGAUCAGGCGAAGGAGAGGGACCCGUGCAAGGAGGUGAUCGACACCUGCAUCACCUGCAAAGAGAACUUAACCUCGCUUUUCGCAUCGUGCGAUCACAGUGUCAACAAGGUUCAUUUCUCGGAGGUGCCGCAGAUGUGCAAGAGCGAACCGUGUCAGCUGGGGGUGGACGAGGCGGGCCGGGGGCCGGUGUUGGGCCCGAUGGUCUACGGGAUCUCAUACGCGCCGUUGUCGCGCAAACAGUUGCUGGUCGAGCUUGGCUGCGCCGACUCCAAGAGCCUGACGGAGAAGAAGCGGGACGAGAUAUUCGAUGGUAUAUGCGAGCACAAGGACUGCAUCGGCUGGGCGGUCGAGGCGAUCUCGCCGAACGUGAUCGCCAACAGCAUGUACCGGCGCACCAAGGUCUCGCUCAACGAGACCUCCAUGGUAUCGGCCACCGAGCUCAUCAAGGCGGCGAUCGAGGCUGGUGUGAACGUCGCCGAGGUCUACGUGGACACCGUCGGCAAGCCGGAGACCUAUCAGGCGCGGCUGAAAGCCGUAUUCCCCGGCGUGAAGGUCGUUGUCGCCAAGAAGGCCGACUCCACUUACCCGAUCGUCAGCGCGGCCAGCAUAUGCGCCAAGGUGUCGCGAGACCACGCGAUUCGCGCGUGGCGCUUCCGCGAGGUUGACGUCGCCUUCCCGAGCGAAUACGGCAGCGGCUACCCUACCGACCCCGUGACGAAGAAGUGGCUGUCAGCGAACGUGGACGGGGUGUUCGGCUUCCCGCAGCUGGUCCGCUUCAGCUGGUCCACUGCCGAGCAGAUCCUGCAGUCGAAUGCGCUCGCCGUCGAGUGGGAGGAGUCCGAGGAGACGGGGUCGCCGAGCGAGCAGAAGAUCCUCCACUUCUUCACCCGCUCACCGUCGAAGAUGCUGACCGGCGCUCACGUGAAGAAACACCACUUCUUCACCGAGCGUUGCCUGUCCAACGCGAGCGUCCUUUGAGCAGCUCUUUUGCCUGCCUCUCGCGUAGGGUCCUUCUCGGGUUGCGGCUUUGUGUGUCCUCUCGCGCGGCGGUAUCCCUUGGGGUGAAAUGUCAGUCGCACACGGCGGCAAGUACAGUGGCAGCCGGGUCGCUCGAGUUUCCAUGAUUUUUCACUCGCACGCGUGCGCCGACCUCUCCGUGUCAAGUCACGAGAGUAUUUUCCCCGGCAACCCGGAAGAGCGAAUUUCACAUACUCUCCGUCGCCGCCGCCGAUUGGAUGGAUUCCAGUCGAUUUCGAACGUUACGCAGGCAGAAUCCAUUCUGAAUCCGAGCGAAGCAUUCACUCUUGCGCGAUUCCGGCAAAGACAGGGAAGGAGGGAGGAGGUGUUUUCAUUACCCUCUCGAGUGAAUCUCCAGCCGCUCACGUCGAGCGUGGUCUCACUCCGACAACAAGAUUUAGAGGGCGCGCUAGCGGGGAUUCUCUUGCGAGAAAAAAUAUUGUUACAUAUCUUUAGGUCCUUAAAUAAAUCCCGCUUUCUCCAGUCUCAAUCAGAAAUUUCAUCAGCGGCAGGAUCGGAGGAGGGUCUUAUGCGCAAGCAGAGACGUCCGGAAUGAGGCAGAGAGAGGGGAGAGGGCUGGGGGUUGGAAGGUAUGAAACAAGCGGCGGCCCUCUCCGUUCCGAACGUCUCCAGAUUAUUGAAGUACACGAGACUCGCGGAGUGUCUUUCAAUAUGAUUUUAUUUUGACCGACGGUACAACACACAUUUCGAGAGAGAGAGAGAGAGAGAGAGGGGGCGGGGGAGAGAUUUUUACGCGAUUUGCUAAAGAAAAUAGUUUCCGCAGAUCCCGGAAUCACGACGCUCGCGCGUCGCGUCCUCCGGACGUCCUCAAAUCAUAGACAAGUAUGUAUAUCGUCCGAUUUCAUGUUUUUUGUUUAUAUAUAUAUAUAUAUGUAUGUAUAUGUAUGUAUAUUAUAUACAUAUGUACAGGAGUGCCCUUAGAGCUACCAUAGAUGAAGAAUGCGGCAGUCGUGAGUGUGUGUGUGUUUUUUGUCCUUUUCUCCCUUUUCUUUCUUUUUUUAUCCUUUUCCUCCUUUAUUUUCUUUCUUUUUUUUUUCUUUAUCGAAACGAACGUCUCCCUACAACACACCGUGUGCCACCGUGUGAUUAACAGUUAGGAAUGCUUGGCGUGAAAAGUUCAAAAAUCUUUGGUAAACGCACGCUACAGUCACACACGUCGUUACACAAUUAUUCUAGGGACAUUAUCUCGUUACGCACGAUUAAUAGCGACUAGAUCGUUAAGGGCUACGGAUGUGCGGCGAACGGACGCGACGCGACUUCUUCGCAGCAGCUGCUGCGUCGCUCAGCUUUUCCUUACCUCGUGCUCGAUCCGCGCUCGUUUAUCCCAUCGAUCGGAGCACGUUUCGCCGUCGCGCGCGCGUCGCCCUCGCGGUCUUCUCAACUAAAUAUCCGCCGCACGAAGUGUCGAGCGUAGGCACGCCGAUAAUUGUUAAUCCCGUCGAGAGGGAGGGAGCGAAUAUUUUUUGCGGCGAAUCGACGGCGGCGGCGGGAGGACGGAGAGGGCUGUUGGCCUCCGGCUGCGGUGGUAUGUAUGUAAAAUCGAUCCGUCAGCUCUGCUCAGACUCGAGGGGGCUCCUCUCUCGUGGGCGGUCGGGAUAUAUUUUGAUGUCGCGAAUUGACUCUGAAUCAAACGCUCUAUCACGCCUCGCCGCUCCCCCCGGCCGGCCGUUGAUUCGGACGCGUAACGCGCGCGCGAUUUGAUAAAAAUUCGAUAAAACUUUGGCCGCUCGCCACGUUCUUCGCGCUCGCUCGCGCGGCGGAUACGCACGCUAAACCACAAAGCGAA